AUGGCCGCCGUGAUCAAGAGCAGUGUUGAUGAUUCGAAGAACACCACCCUCUCUCCCCGACCCAAAGGUCGAGAAAAUGCAAAGGACACCCUGUGUCGCAACGUCACAAUCUAUGGGAAAUGCCGUUAUGAAGAUAAGGGCUGUGCCUUCAACCACAAUGUAGAGAAGUCUGCCUCCGCUGAUGGCAGCCAGAGCGAUGGCCAGCAGAAGAAGGCCUUGAACGUCGACUCUCCCAGCUUCACCCCUUCCUUCCUGUCACCCAACGGGGCAAACAACACCACCCCCAAGAAGUCUGCCGGUAUUUCACCAAAGGCAGCCAGUGCUGCCCCAUUCAUGCCAAAGGCAAUCAUCUCCCGAUCAUCGACCACAACCCCUCUCCGCCAAGAUGCAAGAACUCCAGAUUGGGCUAUGGCUGAUGUACAAGAGUUUGUUCCAAGGCGAGCACAGGACUCCUCCAUGACAAAUGAAAAUGAGAUACCGGUUGGCCACUCCUUUGAGACCUUUCAACCUACGCAUGCGGCCAAUCCUUACCUUGAUCAUGGCCUGAAUGGCGCUGCGUUUUACCAGGGACCUUCUACCUUUCAACAACCCGUGCAAUAUCACCAAUACGCCCCGAUCGGACACUAUAGCACCAAUUUAGCCCCUUACCAGCGCACUGUCCACGACCUUUUUAUUCCCGACGAUCUUCGCGAGGAGAUCCAAAAGAAGUCUGCGGCGGCUCUGCAGACCCUACCUAACUCUCAGCUUCCCAAUCACAUUGAAUCCUACCAUUCACUUGUUCCCCUCGACACCAACCAGAAAAGCUCAACCAUAUUUGGGGGCUACACAUCAUGGGUCUACAAAGCCCAGUCAAGUGCGAAUGGCCAUUUGUUUGCACUCCGCAGAAUAGAAGGCUUCCGGUUGACCAACGAACUGGCCAUUCGCUCCGGGCAGGCCUGGAAACACCUGAUCAGUGCCAGUGUGGUCAGAAUUGUGGAUGUAUUCACCAACCGUGGCUUCGGAGAUUCUUCCCUUUUCGUCGUCACUGACUAUCAUCCUCUCUCUAAAACGCUUCUGGAACAUCAUCAUAUCGGCCACAAUUGGGCUCGUCCUGCUCGAAAUAAUAAGGACCAAGUUAGCGAGCCUGUCUUAUGGAGCUACGUUGUACAGAUUGCUUCGGCACUAAAAGUAAUUCACUCCUCUGGCCUGGCGGCUCGUGUUGUCGACCCCUCCAAGAUCCUUGUUACUUCAAAGAAUCGAAUUCGGCUGAAUGGCUGCGGUAUACUAGAUGUAGUGCAGUUUGACAAUAAUGUGCCUCUGGCUCAACUCCAGCGCCAGGAUCUUGUCAACUUUGCCCUCGUCAUUCUCUCUAUUGGCAGCGGGACUGCCGAAGCGGGCCAAAAUUUUGCCCGUAGUAUGGAUCUGUUUAAACGAUACUUCAAGAAAGAUCUACAGGACGCACUGGUCUGGUUGUAUUCGGCAAUGCAGAAUCAGGAAAGGACGAUAGACCAGUUCACAAGUUUGAUCUCAAACCAGAUGAUUACAGCGUUCAAUGGAGCGCUACACAACGACGACACUCUUCAUAACGAACUCUCUCGCGAGGUUGAGAAUGCUCGACUUGUCAGACUACUUGCGAAAUUGAAUUUUAUUACUGAACGACCCGAAUACGAACACGACCGGGCAUGGUCGGAAAAUGGAGAGAGGUAUUUCCUUAAAUUGUUCCGCGACUAUGUCUUCCAUCAAGUCGAUGCGCAAAAUCGGCCCGUGCUGGAUCUCGGCCACGUGUUGACCUCGCUAAACAAACUGGAUGCCGGUACAGAUGAAAAGAUUACACUGAUUUCAAGAGAUGAACAAAGCUGUUUUGUGGUCAGCUAUCGCGAAGUAAAAAAGGGAGUGGAAAGUGCAUUUUCGGAAUUGUUGAAAAGAGGCUCACCGCCGAUGGUGAGAUGA